UUCUGGCAGGAUACGGACACGCUUCGCCAUCUAUCGGCACGGAGCCUUUCGGAGGUGAGAGAAAAUAGUCGGAUACCUGCAACAUGGGCGAUUCAGACGAAUAAUGCUUCGCAUUUAAGAAAGAAAGAAAGACAGAAACAUUACCGCUUAGUUUGUCACAAAACCAGCUUACCGCCACUAUUUGCCAUGGUGAGCGCGUGCGCGAGAUACGGAAAAUCUGCAGAAAAGAGAAGAAAAUGUGUGCAAGCACGAAACGGGAGAAAAGCAAGCCGGAGGCGACGUUGCCCCAUCGGUACAGACAACGGCACAUGCGCAGUGUGUGCGACGUGGUGGGAAGUUAAAGUCACGGAGGAAAUUAAAAACUUAUUUCCUUUAUAGGGAAAGCAAUGAUCUUCCAUUUCUCCUUCGCCACCGUCCACUACGAGAGCUACGUCGGAGCCGAACGUCACGUCUGGCGCUUUCUCUCUUCUUCUUUUUUUUUUUGUUGCUCGAAGACACCCUAUAUUUCCGGUUGUCUCCGCUGCGCUUUUCUUGUCUGCCCGCAGACUUCGCCUUGCUGCUGCGAAGUUGGCGCUGUGGCGCGAUGGACCCUGCGCUGCGCUCCCGUCUCGAAAGGCUCGCAAGGGUGGUGGACCCGUACGGCGACACGCCACGUCGAUUUACCACCGCGGGAGAUGACGCCCCCGCGUCGCCGCCCUCGCCGGACCGUGGCGAUGACAUACGUUGGUGUGCCUGUUGGCUGUGCGUGGCGAGUUCAAGUGCGGAGGAAAACGUUUGCUGCCGAGAUGUGGCCGAAGUCGUUGCCAAAGGCACCGACGACUGCAUCACCCGUCACUCGUAUUUCCCCAGCAUCUGCCUCAAUCCCGGCGUCCUCGAGGCGGCGUUCUACGCGUUCCAGGAGCUCGGCGUGCGAGUGCAGGGAGAGCUGCACGAAAAGUACCGCGUCGUUGCCUAUCGCCUCUUCACAAAGUGGAUAUGGAAACGACUGGGCAGGUGGGAUCAAGUCGUGCUGCCUGCAUGUGUCGUGGAACGCAUCCGACAAGAGUUUCCGUCGGCCGCGUACGUCGGGUUCUUGCACCCUCGUCUGGAAGACUGAAGCUUCGCCAUAACGACAGCUUCGUCGUUGAUAUUUUCAAUACCGCCACGUGCACGGCCAACUUGUUUUAUGCCUUUCCCCUGCGCGCAGUGCAGCAUUGAGAGGUUAAAUUUGCCUCGGGCAGCCACUGAAGAUGAUUACGAUUUGCCAAUCCAGUCAAUGUCCAAUCACACAACGUUAUCAAUCCAUUCCAAUCAUGGAAACUAUUCAGCUACUAUUAAACCUUUUUUUUUUUUGCAGAGUUUGGUGGGAGAACACCCCCUGGAUGGGAAGGUACAACUUUGAGUGACUAACGUAAACUUUCGACGAGGUGAGGGGCUCUCUGAAAUUAUUGACGCGAAAUUGUUAAGGAAACAUUUUAUGGGACCUCCUGGUAAUCGGGGGCUGCAGCCCCAUUAGUCCAUAGGUUAAUCCGGCCCUGCCUGCGCGCCCUUAUCGCAGUUUGCAAAAUUAUAUCGUACACUAAAUAUGAAUUUGUUUUGAAUAAAGGUAUGCUAAACUUUA